UCGGACCUCACUGGGAAGGGAUGAGGGAGGGGUGGAGCGGCCGAGGAGAGGCUGUCUGCGUUCAGAUGGAAGAUUAAACUGGUCCCUAUUCUGCCAGCAUCCUGCACCCACACGCAUCCCAAACAUCAUCCCACACCUGUCCGUACCGUCUGAAUCAGCCGGAUACACCUGCUCCCUUCGUCCCGUGCUGGCUCUCCAUCACCGGACCGCACCGGCGUCCUUUCAAACCACGAGCAGAUCAGUCCUCAUUGGUCCUGAUGGUUGUGAGGGCCCGUCUCCGCCACCUCUCAACCAGUCCGCACAAGAGAGAUGUGACAGCCAAUCACAUGCUGAGAUUUCUGCAUUCUGGAGCUGUUAGGACACAAGCUAAACCCAGUUAGAUGGAGGAGCGAGAAAGAAGCAGAAGUCGAUCUCCAGGCAGGGUCGGCCGGGUGGAGCAGGUGGUGGGGAAAUGGCUGCGCCGCUCUCGAGACUCUCUCAGCAGGGAGCGUAUUCUAGGAGGCAGGAGGUCACGCUCUGGGGAUUCGGGCCAGCAGAACUUCCCUGUGAAGGUAACGGUGGAGGUGAUCAGAGACGCUGUCCUGGACUCCCAUGGAUUCAGUCUCUCAUCACAGCACCCCCUGCUGGUCAGGGACGUCACUCCAGGAGGCCCAGCAGACGGUCAGCUUUUUCCUGGAGAUCAAAUCCUAAAAGUGAACCAUAAAGCCAUAGAAGAUCUUUCGCCUGAAAAGGCGGAGCAGAUGAUUAGGGAUUGCCAGGACCCUGUAACCAUGACCAUCCUCAGAAAUAUGGCGAAUCCUAAGUCUUCAUUCAUAACAGCUGAGAAGAGAGCCCGUCUGAGAAGAAACCCCAUUAAAGUGCGCUUUGCAGAGGAGGUGGUGGUCAACGGACACACUCAGGGAAACUCUCUUCUCUUCCUGCCCAACGUUUUGAAGGUGUACCUGGAGAACGGCCAGACCAAAGCCUUCAAAUUUCACAAGACCACCACUGUCAAGGAUAUCGUGUUGACUCUGAAAGAGAAGCUGUCCAUUCGAUGUAUUGAGCAUUUUGCACUGGUGCUAGAACAGCAAUAUAACAUCACCAAGCUUCUGCUGCUGCACGAGGAGGAGCUCAUACAAAAGGUGGUACAGAAGAAGGAUUCCCAUGACUACAGGUGUCUGUUCAGAGUCUGUUUCAUUCCCAGAGACCCAGUGGACCUCCUGCAGGAUGAUCCUGUCGCUUUUGAGUACCUCUUUCAGCAGAGUGUGGGAGAUGUGUUACAGGAACGCUACGCUGUAGAGAUGAAAUGUAAUACAGCGCUGAGACUAGCUGUUUUGCACAUGCACGAGAAACUGGCAAGCUGUGGACAGACGACGAGAGCAUCUGUUAAGAGCAUUGUCAAGGAGUUUGGUUUGGAGAGCUUCAUCUCUCCCACUCUGCUGAGGAACAUGAGAGACAAACACCUGCGGAAAGCUCUCAACCACCACAUGAAGAAGAUCCAGUCGCUGCUAGAACCACGACAGAAGGUGAUUUCUGUGUCUCAGGCCCGUUUGGCUUAUGUUACCCAGAUGGCGGAGCUGAUUUCAUACAGCGGGAGAAGCUACAACGCCACCAUGCUGUUGCAGGACAGGGAGUCGUUGGUGACUUUGCUGGUGGGAGCGAGAUAUGGGAUCAGCCAAAUCCUAAACCACCAGCUCAACAUGAUCUCCACCAUCAUAGACUUCCAUUACGUCACCCGAAUAGAGGUGCUCUCAGAGUCCGACAGAAUCAGCAUGCUCAAGAUUUACCUGCAGGACAUCCAGCCUAUAGCCUUGCUGAUGGAAUCUGUAGCAGCUAAAGAUCUGGCCUGCCUCCUGGCUGGAUACUGCAAACUGCUGGUGGACCCCAAUAUCAAUGUGUUCCGCUGGGGACCUAGACCAAAAAUGCGACGCAUUCCGGCAGAAGAAGGGUAUGUUUCUCGGUGUGGAAGCGAUUCAGAAGACAGUUCAGAGGAUGACUACGCUAUGGAGGGACUGCUGGACACUCAGCUGUCAGAGGACACUAUAUCCACUCAUACAAAUGAUGGCACGGAGGAAGGAGAGGAAGCUGAGGGGAGAAGUGAAGCAGAGGCAGAAAAGGUCCGAGUGAUUGUAACACAUCCCUUUUUAGAGGUCGAAGGAGAUGAGGCGAGCAAGAGAGAGUCUGUUGGAGAUGAGGAUUAUGCCAUGAGAAUCGAUUCCCUUUUGGAGACAGGUUGGUACUCAGACCCUCGAGUCAACAGCAGCUUCUCCAGCUUGUCUAGUAACUCGCUAAAUGCACUGGAGGAGACUAUUAAGGCAACCAUUGGUGGACUUGGUCAUAUGGAUGUGUCUCUGGAAGAGAAACCCAGUUCUGGUCUUGGCUCUGGUGCAUCUAGUCUGGAUGUCCACCACCCUUUCCUCCUGGAGGUGCCAGAGCAUUUGGAUGAGAGGGGCAGUUCAAACAAACUCAGACGACAUUCAGACCUGACCUACAGUGAUUACUCAGUUUUGCGCUUCUCUGAGCUCUCACAAAUGUCUGAUAGGUUGCCAAGCCCAACUGCGGCCAGUGAUGAUGCAUUGAGUGAGGAGGAGGAUGAUGAUGAAGGAGGAGACAGUGGAAAAGACGGUCGCAUUUCCGCCAUGUCAGCGGAAUUUGAAGCCGUGUUAGCCUCUUCUACUCCUAACAGCAUAAAUGCUAAAUUAGCAGGAAUUAACUUUCAGGCACUCCUCACCAGGAUUCACAAACAUCCAGCAUGUAGACAAGAGGGAACCAGCUUCCCACAGAAAAAGACAAAUGAAGCUAAACAGCAGGGACAAUCUUCAAAAUUAACAGCACAAUAUGUGCUGAUGAGAGCUGUGUGCACAAAUGUCCCUGAAAAAUCAAAGGACUCCAGAUACAGUUGUUCAGAAUCUGAGGAUGAAUUUUUUGAUGCCCAAGAUCGAUUUACCCCUCCCAUCACAGAGAAAUGCCUCACAGAGAAAAGCUCAGAUUCUGAUAGCAAACAUCCUUCUUUUAGUGACCUUAAGGUUAGUGUGAACAAGACAAAAGCUUCAGAAUCCAGAGACAGCAAAGAUAAGGACAGUGUGACACCAGAGAACCUCAAAGAAAAAUCUUCUUUUGCCGAUCAUUUCACCCCUGCAAUCCCUCAGUCUAAAAAUCUUGAACUGGAUGUCCAUCAACCCUCACUGAUUGUUCCCCCUAAACCUACACCUUUAGAACCUAAAUCAUUAUCUGCUAACCACUCCACGGGGCAGAAAGCCCAGCACUGCAAUGGAGACAUACCUGGCCAAAAUCCACACUUAUCAACUCAGCUUCUAGAGAUGGAGCCAGAGACCAUGGAGUUUAAACCAGUCACAGGGCCUGGACCACCAAUGUCUUCCUCAUUAAUUACGGCUGUACGCCAAUCUGCCUUUCCUCAACAAACCUUAGACCUAGAGAAUGUUCAAAAUGGACCCAGGCUACAAAAUGGAAUAUCUGACCAGUUACCUGCCAGUCUAGAAAAAGAGAUUACUCCAAAUCAUGUGGAUCUUGAAGGACUUGACAGUCAAGAUACUAAGCCAAAUCAGAAAGAGUCAAUAAACGCUAAAGGAACAACUGAAUUUGAGAAAAUAACAGUAGACAGCAAGAGUCCUCAACAACAACAGUCAUCAGACUCUCUAGAAACCAGAAAAUCUGAAAAUAAAGUGCCCCAGAUGAACACAAAGCCCCCAAUACCUCCCAAGCCGUCAUUCAUUGGUUUACAGCCAUCCACAAAGGCAGUUAAUGCCCAGUCACAAAAACCUGAUGAAAAGACAAAAGUUCCCCCCAAUGGACUUUCUCUACACCCCUGGUCUCAGAGAAAUGGUACCAGUACCUCCCCACACUCUACACUGAUCAAGGGUGUUUCUCUAAGUCAUGAGAACCUAAGAACUGAACUAAAGGCUGAAAGCUCUACAGUCAAACAAACAAGUGCUUCAACUACUCCUACCCCAUCUCCAUCUCCCUUACCUUCUCCUUCAGUUCAGUCUGUAAAUAUUGUUCCUGAAGAUCCAGCUCAAAUUGGGACUAAUUUCCCCAGCAGAACAGGCUCGUCUGGACGUCUGUCUGCCACAGCCUUACGGGGGAAAAUUCAGGAUAUGCCCUGGUACCUCACCCGUUCCCAAGAGAUCUUGGGGACAGUAGCACUCAGCAACAGUAUUUCAUCGACAGGCAAUAAAGCAACCAUUCCAACAGAUGUUAACCAUGAAUCCAAGAAGGUAUCUCCCAAGGCCACUUCAGUGCCAUCUUUGAUUGACUGGAAAGAGAAAGAUGCUGAAGUAGUCAUUGUGAAGCUCAAAGAUGGACCUGAGGAUGUGAGCCCAACUCCCGUGAAAGACACCAACAGGAAACCUCAAACAUCAUCAAGCCAUCCUGACCUGAGGCAGAAAUUGUCCACAGAAGCUACAGAGUUGCACAGGCAUUUUGGGACCUGCAGGUCCGAACAACCUCAAUCACACAAAGGUAACCCUUCAGAGAUUCGACUUGACAAUGAUUCUUCUCUAUCCUCCGGAAGUCCUUCCCAUCAUGAUGCAUGUGGCUGCCAUACCGUUUAUGCCAACUGUUUCAGCGGAGAUACAGAGGAAAACUGCAGCUUUGAUGAUAAUCUGACUGUUUACGAGUUCUCCCGUCGAAACCAGAUCAGUAAACCACCUCAACCCACCCCUGUUCCUUCCCCUGCAACCUUAUCUGGUCCCUCUCCAAAUGUUCUGUCCCUACUCAGAGAUUCCCCUCGCCCCCUAUCAUCAUCCUCAGAACUCAGCCCACUCUUGGUCCCACCCAGACCUCUGGAAUCUCUGCCUCUAGAUCGUGGACCAAUAAAUAAUCCGCUCCACUUUUUGCAAAGCCACCAUUAUGCUUCCGGUCAGAAAGGUACAGGGCUUAAAGAUGGCUAUGCCUGUUUGCAGCGAGAUAUUGAUGAACUUCUUUUGGUUUUGAAGAAAGGACCUUCUGUAGUACACCCUCCAACCCACAAGGGGGAAUGCGAAAAUGGCAAUGUGAAUGGGAAUUCGCUUUCAGAGACAGAACGAUACCUGGUUCAGGCGGAGGCACGGAGAUUAGCGUCAGGAUGUCAGAGAGCCACACGGGUAGGAUGGGCACCUGACGAUGCUCUUCUAUCCCUUGGUAACAGUUUUGGAGCUCUAGUGCAACUUACCUCAACCUGCAUGCGAGUUUCCUGUUCGGACUGUGGAGGGUGUCAUGGGGAUAUUGAUGCAGAUGAGGCCUUGAGGAAGCUUGAGGAGAUUGUGGAUCUGUAUAAGGAGUUUGUAGGAGCUGUAGAGACGACUAGAGAGGGCGAAGGUGUCAGGCUCUUAGCCAAGCAGUGUACGGUUCUUAUUUCAACUGUCUUCUCACUAACACAACUGUUUCGGUCACGGACACCAGACAUAGACAAUGGAAAUGUACCUCUGAACUUUUAAAUGUUACCUUCCGGCACCUUCUUAAAGGACUGUAGAGUGUGAGCAUAGACUUGUACUUAAAGUAGCGAUGCCUUUUUGGCAUCUAAAAACUGUUUGUGUGCUGGCACACAAGAAUAAUAGUAAGUGCCGUGAACGUACACACACAGUAAGCAAACUAACAUGUCAGAACUGUUAUGUAUUAACCUGUUUGUCUUGGAAAGUCUCCCUAUAAAUGUAGUGAAAUUCUGCAUUCAGACAUAGCUAUUUUCUAACUGUUCUUUAAUUCCUGAUGUAUAUACAGUAUGUAGUAUGUAUUUAUUUUUUACUUACAGUAUAUGCACACCGUGGUUUCUAACCUACUAUACUAUACCUGCAUUUUGUUUAUUUGAUGUUGUUUAGUUUUUAGGGGGGGGGGUUUGGGGGGGGGGUAUACGUGAAUCCCUACCUCUUGCUCUAUUAACUGAGAUAAACAGUGUUAUGAAGCUUCACUUGUUUUCAUGUUUAGUUUAGUCAUGCUGCUCUUUACAGACUGAAGGAAGAAAGUAAAAGGACACUCCACUACCCCUAACAAUAGAUGCUUGGAGAAACACUAAGAAGCCCAAAUACAUAUGCAGUAAUGUUUCACUGGACUAUCCAAAGGACUUUCAUUUCAUUUAGUCUAUAAUACCUUUCUGGCUGUAGAAUGAGAGAUGAUGGCAAUAGCAGUGCAGCGGUUUGGCAUUUUUCUACCUGUAUGUUGGUGUGUCAAGUUUGGCUUUUGACAUUAGGGUUUUUAUAUUGGCCUGUCAGCUGACUGUUAACCACAGAGAUCAGUGUGGUCCAAAGACAUAAUAGCACAAUUUGGGCAUUUACACAACAACAGUGUCAUUAUAUUAAUGUAGCACCCUGUAAAACUAAUCCCAAUGAUAGCCAAACCACACUAUUUGUCACUCAUUUUUGACUAUGCAAGCAUCACGAUUUGUAUCCAAAUUUUUCCACAUAUUAUACUCUUACAUUUUAUACAUCUUAAUACAUGCAUAAUUUUCCAUUUGUUAUGAAUCAUUAAUAUUUCACUUUAGAGGACCUCCUUGACAAACCUAGGCCUUAUAUUUUAUCUUGGAAGAUCGUUGUUAAAGCUUGUUUGAUUGCAUCAUUAUGGAAAUACAGUGUAAACAAAAGGUUCAUUUAAAAAAGUUAUUUCUUCCACUUUUGUAAGUGGUGAACAGCACCAUAUUUAGCAUACAUUAAAUACUUUACUCAUUACCAUGCAGGUAUGUGUAUGCAAAGUCUCCUGGCGAAACCAGCUCAGUUUCGUUGCAUAACACAUAAUGCAGUACAAAUUGCAUUGCUUUCUUUGCAAUAUAGCAGUGGGUGGUGGUAAACUGCCUACUAUCGUGGAAUACUAUCAUGGCAGAGGAAAAUCUUGCCGAACAUGUUUAAAGAUGGCUACCUGAAUAAAAACACAUCCGACAUCUGAAGACAUCAAUAGCCUCCUUGAGUGCUGAGCUUUUUAAGAACUGCACAAUUGCAAUGCAUUCUUCAAGCCUUCAGAUCUGCAUUUCGGCACUUGCAUGGAAUGUUUCUGUUGUAAGAAUUUUAGAUUUGGCUGUCAUAAUCACAAAUAAUAUGAUUGGGGAGACUAUCAAAGACCUACGCUUGGAAUUUUGAAUACUUGAGCCCUGGUCUUUUAGCCCUAGUGAAUCAGUUGUCCUUUGUUCCUGAUCUCAGACCAGUAUUUUGUCGUAGACACUGGUUACUCACUGGCUGUGUCUAGAUCAGGUUUCAAAAGGCAAUAUGCACCUACAAUACAUAAACAAUUAACUUGCCCAGAUCACAUGACCAAACUUGAGGUCAUCCUUGUUCAGUUCAAUGACUUUAUAGAAGUGCUUCCAGAUGGGAAGAAUUUCACCCAUGCUGGACACAUCCCUCCCAAUAAACACACACACACACAC